AUGGUGCCAAAUUCAACACCUUUAUUUCUGAAAAGAUAUGAUGUGGCUUUGGAAGUAAAUACUAUAGGAGCUAAGAAUGUUUUGGAUUUCGCAAAAAAGUGUGCGAAACUUGAGAUGCUAGCUCACGUCUCAACAGUUAAUCCAACAAACAAAACCUCAGAAGUUUUAGACAUCGAAGCAGAGCUGAAACACAUGCGAACCCGCUUAGAAGAACUCAAGUCUUUGCAAGUCUCUAAAUCUGAAGAGACAGAAGCCAUGGAAAACUUUGGAUUGGAAAGAGCAAGAGCAAAGGAUGGCCAAAUACAUGUGUUCACAAAGGCAAUGGGAGAGAUGUUAAUUGGUAAAUAUGGAGGAAAUCUUCCAAUUGUUAUCAUAAGGCCUACCAUUAUCACCAGUACUUACAAAGAGCCCUUCCCUGGUUGGAUCAAAAGUGCUAGGUUUGAUGAUCUAAACACAGAGAGAUUGCGGAUGGCGAUAAGAGCAAACGAAAUGGAGGCCAAACAAUUCUAUUUCGACCCCAAAUCCUUAGAUUGGGAUGAUUACUUCGUCAACGUUCAUAUUCCGGGACUAGCUAAACAUAUCUUUCAUUAGUUGGUGCAAAAUUAAAAGGUUACACGAUUUGUACUUCUGGUUGUACAAAAUGGGGAGAUCUAAAUUUAAAUUAUCACUCUAUAUAUUUUUAAGUGUGAAUAAGCUAGCUAAUCCGGCAGCUGAUGUAACAUUUCGUAUUCAGAUUUGGUGGUUUGAAAUGACCCAAAAAAAAUAAAUCAAAUGAAGUCAGUAA